CUUCACUGGAACAGGCGAUCCGAAGGCUUCCUGCAAACGACGUGGGGAUAGGAUGGCAAAGACAAAGGUAUACCCGGUCGCGCUUGCGCUUGCCAUUCUCCUCUCGCUGCACGGCUAUCGAAAGGGCAGCCUCGCCGUCUCUGGCGCCCUUGCGGCUUUCACUGUGGGGUACCUGACGCUGGCCAACCCUGUCUCAACGUUUGGAACCACGCUCCUGUUCUUCUACCUCGUCGGCAGCCGCGCCACAAAGGUCGGGUCCGCCACAAAGGCCAAGUUGGAGCGCGAGGGAGAGGAAAAGGCAAAUCACAAGAGCAAGCAGGGAGGGCAGAGGGAUGCCUGGCAGGUGUUUUGCAACUCGGCCACAGCCGUCGUCGCGUCUGUCCUCUUUCGUCUGCUCUACGUCGACGACGUCUCUCCCGCCCUGGUGCCGGGCUUUUUGAAACCCCAUCGGCAUUCGAUCACAUGGCAGUCCGGAAAGCGAUGGUGUCUGCUCCUCGUCGACGACUCCACCUCGCUGUUCCCGUGGCUGGGCGACCGGACCGGCGCCGUGGCCCAGGGCUGCUUCUUGGCUAUGCUGGGCCACUUUGCAUGCUGCAUGGGCGACACGCUCGCCUCUGAGCUCGGCAUCCUCUCGCGCACUUCGCCGAGGCUGAUCCUGCCGCCCUUUGCAAAGGUGCCCCCCGGCACGAAUGGCGGUCAGUCACUCGUCGGCACCGUGGCUGCCCUGGCCGGCGGCACGCUCAUCGGCCUCUUUUCCGGUGCCAGCCUCCUCUUCUUUGACAAUGCCGCCUGUCAGACGAGGCUGGCUCACGGCACCUCGACGGCCCUCGCCAAGCUUGUUUUUCUCGGCAGCCUCGCGGGCUUGGCAGGAAGCACAAUAGACUCGCUCCUCGGUGCGACGCUGCAGCGCACCUGGUACAACACGGCCUCAAAGCAGGUCCUCGUCGGUGGCAGGCUGCCCAAGCACGAGCAGGCUAAAAAAGGCGGCAGCGGCAGCAGUGGCAAGUGGCAGGUCAUCACAGGCAGAGAUGUCUUAAGUAACAAUGCCGUCAAUCUUGUCUCGUCAGUCACAACGGCCCUCUUGACCGUCGUCGUGGGUCGUCUGCUCUUUUCGCAAUAA